AUGAAGUUCUUGAUUAUAGUUCUAUCAACGAUAUCCUUAUAUCCUGCCUCAAGUUGUGGCCAUAGCCCACUCAGCCGACUCGUGGCUCGCGACACAUCGACAGGCCAAGAUAAAUGUACCCCAGUCACUGACAAUGAUCCGAACACCAAUCUUUUCAACUGCCCGGAUGAUUAUCCAAAGGAUUUGAAUGAUUGUCAGCGCGCUGGUCAGCUGAUGAUUCAAAAUGGAUGGAGUAGUAGUGGGUAUGGAACCUGCGGCAUCUUGUACUUUGGGAAAGACGCCCAAGGGAAACUGGCACCGGCAGUCCCGUAUAAAGACUUGACUGCGACCAUUUUAAAGAACACCCUCAACAGCUUUACAGUCGACUGUUGUCCUGAGGUUCAAAACGAGUUCCAGCACCCACUUCAUAGCGAUCUAGGUCUAGAUCCCGCGACUGCCGACGGUUACACCGUUCUAUGUGCUGGGAGGUUAGACCCGCCCUAUCAGGAUGCUAGGCCCCUGGACAACAAAGAUGUCACCGUCUUCAUAAAAACCAAUAAGCACUACUUAGAACAAAAGUGA